AUGUAAGCCAUGGGAUUAUUUGAUUUUCUGGAUGGAAUUCCAGAUGAUUAUGUUCCAAAACAAAGAAUGACAGCUGAAGAAACUGAAGAAGCCUUCACAUAUCUCAAAAACCACCCUCUCUUUUUAGAUCAUAUCCCAGAAGACAUUGAAAACUACCCUGAAUUGUUGGCAUUGUAAAAUCUCCAAUAUGAUGAUACUCCUGUUAACAUCGCAGCUGCCUUACUCAAGAAUGCAAAUGAAAUCAUGAAAAAAGACGGAGAUAAGAAGUACUUCCAAAAGAAGGCUUACGAAAUCUACUCUGAUGCAAUAGAAUAAGAUUGUGGAGACAAGGAACUUAUGGCCAAACUCUUUAGUAACAGAGCCUUGAUUUCCUACAAAUAAAAAAACUAUAAAUGUGCAAUUCAAGAUUGCAAAUGGGCUAUUGAAAAUGAUCCCAAGUUUAUCAAACCUUAUUUCAGAUGUGCCCAAUGUCUGUAUCAAAUACUUCAUUUCACUGAGGCCUUGAAGUUUUGCAAUCUUGCACUCGAAAUAUCCAAAGAAAAGGAUAUCGAAGAACUGAAGAAAUUAAUUCUUUAAUAAAUCGAAAGACAAGAAAAGAAAACCGAAGAAGAAAAGAAAUUACAAUAACUAUAUGCUAUUUGCAAUCAGAAGGGCAUCAGAAUGGGUCCAUCCAAAAUAUCUUUGCCUCCAGAAUAUCAACCAUAAAAAAUAUCAUUAGAAUAAGCCAACCCUCCCAUCUUGACUGUUCCUAUGCUAGUCACAUACCCUGAAUUUAAACAAAGAGACUUCAUUUAAUAUUGCUCAGAAUAAACAAAGCUAUACUAAAUCCUGGCUCCCUUAUUUCAAACUCCUUUGCCUUGGGAUCAAGAUCAACAAUACAAUUUGAAUAAUAUAGAAUGCUACAUUGAAUUAGAUGAUGGAAAUUAUGCCAAAUUGAACAUUAAAGCCAAAAUGCUCUCCAUCAUGUAGGGUUACAAAGUAACUGUGAGGGAAUUCAUAGAAAUACUUUUGGUAUGUCCAGGUACAAAUUAUUACAAGAAAUAAUUCAGAUCAGAAUAUCAUAUUUUAAAUGAUUAAUGA